GGGGAACAUAUAGGGAAUAUGCUGACAUGGGAUGAGGAGGGGUUCAAGAUUGACCGAAAAUUUGCUGACGUAAUACUUGAAUGGCUCCCGAAAACUACAUGUCACAAAUUUCUAUGCAGAUGUUGCCUUGGGAAGGCAAUGCAGGUUGCAAUGAUUGUGACACACUGGAGGCGCAAUUGGCUUUGGCAACGAGAGAAUUGAAUGUCCAUCGAUUGAGAUAUGAAAGACUCAAUGAAGUAAAUAAAGAUUUGACAAAUGAGAAUAAACAUUUGAGAGAGACGAGCAUGAGUCCAAAACUAGAUACAAUCUGUGACGCAAUAAAGACAAUGACAGGGGAUGUUAAAGAUAUUAAAACGAAAGUGAAUUCUCAGAUUCUGGGUGCUGAAAUAAACCCGGAAAUCAGUGCUAUCGAUAAUAUGACUUGUGCACUCGAUAAGCUAGAAGAACACGACUCGAUGCCUACUGACAUCUCCGAGGAUCAGAUUUAUUAUGGCAAUGGCAUCUGCGUCGAGAAGAAGAAGGUGAAAGAUUUAGGCGGGAUUAAAGGUCUACAGAAGCAACUGCAUCUCGUUGUUGAAUGGUUCUGGCCUUGCAGAGUGUAUGAAUGGGCCUUGUCUGAAAAUUUAACUCCCCAUCACAUCAAAAAUUCAUACAUCCUAGCCAUGCAAAAACUCAUAAAUUCGGUGAAAUGGUUGUGCAAAACACAAUACGAGGUCAGCAACACAGAUAUCCGUAGAAAGAUCACAAAAAUAACAGACAUGGCUCGUAGAACCCAACGUUCCAUCUUAUCCAGGGCCCAGAAGUACAUUCCACGUUAUUUGAGAACCGAGAAGAUGAAUAAAGACAAAAGUCGCCAGAACACCGAAGAUUAAGAAAAAGAAGAGGAGAGGAGCGUAAGAAAUGAAUCCAAGACAGAUUCUGACUCAGAGGAUGAUACGAAAAAUUCUAAAGGAGCAUCUUCCGCUGCUGCUAAUCUUACUAAGGAGAAAGUUGAGAAGCAGAAGAAGAGGAAGAAGAGUAUUGAGACGAGUCUUUCCACCCCUGAGAAGAAAAGAAUGAUUAAAAACAGGAACUAGAUAGGAAAACAAGUGGUGGAGAUUGAAUCGAGCAGUGAAAGUGAAGAGGAAGAAGGGGAGGAGAUCAUAGAGAAUAUGUACAAGAAAAAUCCUGACUCUGAGAAUGGUGUCAACAUCGUCAAAAAAGUAUCUUCCACUGCUGCUGAUUCUACGAAGCAGAAACUUGAGAAGAAGAAUAAGAGUAUUGAAAAGAGUCUUUCUACCCUGGAGCAGAAAUGAAUGAUGAAAGAGAAAGGUGAGGAGUCUUCAACUCCCGAUAGAUCUAAGGUCAGAACAGGAGAUAAACCAGAAAGUAAACCAGGCGCAACAGAGAGUGACGAAGAUGACGAUGAGGAUGAUGAUAAAGUGAAGAAAGAUGAGGAUCAUGAUGGUGAGAAAAAGGAUAAUGAUAAGGAUGAGGAUGAUAAUGCUGAU